AUGACAGUCCUAUACCAAGAACUCGCUCCCCCAUUAAUCAAUGGCGUUCGCAAGCCCAAGAAGCCCGGAGGCUACAUCGACUCCAGCGCAGACAUCACCUACUCACUAAAACACCAACACCACAGCCCCAUCUCCGUCGUCACACCCGUCUCCUCACCAAAUCCACAAAAAGAUGAAGACUGGUGUUUUGGAGAUACAGAGACUGAAAUUGCGCGUGCGCUGAAGAAGGGGGCGACGCAUCUCUGGGCUAACACUAUACUCUUCGCGGAUCAUCCGCUUCAGACGGCAGAGAGUCUGACGGGUAUGGCGCAGACGGUGAAGGUUGUGGGACAACCGCCGAAGUUGGUGGAGCUGUGCGAUGAUAAGGCAUUCGUUAACAACCUCCUUCGUUCUCGCGGUGGGUUUACGCUGCCGGAGGCGCGUGAUAUGAUUGAUGAGGAAGAUCUUGCGGAUGUGCUCGAUACGGAUCUUCGCUACCCUGUUGUCGGCAAGCAGGUUAGAGGACGAGGCAGUUAUGGGGUCAAAGUUUGUCGCUCCGAAGAGGAACUGAUCGACCAUGGCCGCGAUUUACUGGGAGAGGAUGCGUACGUGAUCGUCGAAGACUUUCUUGCGGGUUAG